AUCCGAAGAAAGCUUUCGUAUGGCGACUGUCAGGUACGUAUUCAGGAGGUCGCAGUCUCUAGCACAGCAGGAAGAACAGCAAAUGGUUUAAUCCAGAGCUUGUUGCAGAGGUUAGAUUGUCAUGAUGGAGGGUGACAGCAAACCUGUCUACGAGCUGAGGUUCAAUGCUGCUGUCAAAGUGAUCCAAAGUUUACCUUCAAACGGGUCAUUUCAACCAUCCAAUGACAUGAUGCUGAAAUUUUAUAGCUACUACAAGCAAGCAACACAAGGCCCAUGCAACAUUCCCCGGCCAGGAUUCUGGGAUCCCGUUGGUAAAGCCAAAUGGGAUGCAUGGAAUUCUCUUGGUGAAAUGCCAAAGGAGGAGGCCAUGACCGCCUAUGUGGAUGAUUUGAAACUGAUCCUGGAAAGCAUGCCUGUGACGAACGAGGUGGAGGAGCUCCUGCUGGUUAUCGGACCGUUCUAUGAGCUCGUAGAGGAGAAGAAGAAGAUAACGCAAGUGUCAGAUUUGAGCACAGGCUUUGGGAGCAUGCUGACAUCACCACCCAAAAGUGUCACUAAAAGCAUCAUCAGGACGAUGGAGAUGAAUGGCAGUCUGAACAGUUACCCCGUCAAAAUAUCUGAGCCUCCAAAAACUAAAUCAGUAGGGCUGGAAGACAGAGAAGAUGAUAAUGAGGAGGAGGAGGAGAGAGAUGAAGAAGAGGAAGUUAAAGAGGUGAAAAAAGCCCCACAACCUAAGAAAAGGGCUUCAGCAGGGAGGCUUAAAGGACAUGUAUCUAAUGGCAGUAUCAGGCAACAUAAAGUCAUAUCCAAUGGAACACAUAAGUCUGAUCAGAAUGAGCAAGAGUCUGAGGAGGAGUCUGAAAGCAUUAACCACAAUGGAGAGAUCGUAGAGGUCAAUGGACUCAUCAAAGAUGUGUCCAGUUCCCAUGUGGCAAGUGACUCAGACAGUGAGGUGUACUGUGACUCUGUGGACCAGUUUGGUGUAGAGGAGGGCUCUGACAUGCACAUAAAGCACUCACUGGACGCGGCCGAGGAGAGCCACAGCACACUGUCCUCCACAGAGGAGGUGGUAUCAGAGGAUCUGCUGGGACGGGAGGAGGGUGUACAGCACGGAGGAGAAGAUGAGAGGAGCAGCAGAGGAGGGUCACAGAGACAGAACAUUACUGUUAACAGAAGUGACAGUUCUGUGGUCAGGAGAGGGUCCAGGUCACCUGCCUUUGGCUCCAGGUCAACGAGACCGCAGCAGGGCAGUGGGGGAGAUGGGGAGCGCUGGGGAAAUGAUGGAGCUGCAAUGGAAAAUCUCAAUGAACAGAUCAUCUGCGCUCUGGCCAGACUGCAAGAUGACAUGCAGAGUGUAUUAGAGAGACUACACACGCUAGAAGCUCUCACAGCCUCUCAGGCAAGAUCCUUAGCCCUGCCAUCUGACUACCUAUCACCACCUGCAAAUAAAACUAAGAAGAAGCCAUCCUGGUGGCCGUUUAAUGUUUCUCCUGGAACUGUGGCUUUUGCUGUUAUCUGGCCGUUUGUGGUGCAGUGGCUCAUUCGACUUUAUCUGCAGCGCAGGAGAAGAAAAAUCAACUGAGUGGAAUCACCUGUUUAUCCAACACAUUUAAAGAGCUUGAGGAGAGUCACGUUCCUCAUAAAGAGGAGAGGGAUGUUUCUUGCCUGUCGCGUGAUCUCUAACUCCUGCUUUUGCACUAUGAUGACAGCUCUAAGAAUUAGAAAACAGAAAGACAUGUGAAUGUAUGCCAUUGCAGCUUAUCACUUACAAAAAAAAAAGAAAAAUUGCAAGUGAUAAUCCUUGAUUUGGGUAAUCAGAAGUAGCACAAUGAUCUUACAUUUUCAUAAAAGUUAUGAAAAUGUCAUUCAAAGAAAUCCAAAGGACAUUAUUACAUCAGGUCACAUUUAUAACAUUCAAAAUUACCCACACAUAGCUGCUAAUUGUUAAUACUGUAGCAAAGUGUAGGAUGCACUGAUAAGUACAGUUCAUUUCUGUUGAGUAUUUCUUUUGCAGAAAAUGGCCCACAUGGGUUUUAAACCUUAAGGGUUAUAAUUCAGGACUUGUUGGAGGUAUAACAAAAGCGGAACAUUUGACUGUACAUGUUGAUAUCUAGACUUGGUAUUUUCCCAGGUGAGUUAUGUUGCUGAUUAAAGCCAUAAUCAAAAAUCUUGCAUAUGUCAUUAACCCCUUGGCCUUUCAAAUGUACAGCAUGUCACAAGGAAAUACAGUAUAUCAAACUAUGUUCUUUGUUUCCUCAAUAUAUCCUAUCAUGUAUGCAAUUAAAUAUCUGAUAAAGGUAGACCAUUUCAAUGGCCCCAACAAGUAUUUGGAGACAUAAGCCACACUUAAUACAUGAAUUUCAUUGCAUUAGAUCCAGAAGGUCUCUUAAAGGGUUGAAUUGCGAUGCACUUUGUAUGAAUUUGAAGGAAGUGAAAGGUGUUUAAUAUGGUUUAGAGCCCUAAAACUAACAUAAGGCUGAAAUCUAAUGAAUCAUUUACCUUUGGCUGUUUUUUUUUUUUUUUUUUAACUGAAAAGCACAAAUGUUUUGUUUCGUUGUAGUUGUAUAUCAGUCAAUAAUGUUAAUAAUUCCUUUAAGAAUUUUGUGUAUAUUAGAAAAAAAGUGUAUGAGAAAAUGUAUUCAUGAACUGCAAAGUUUUAUAUUUUAAUUGUACAAUACUGUAAUGUAGCAUUUAACAUAUAUUUAAUUGAUGUCUAUAAUACUACUUUUGAAUCAUCUGCAGAACAGGAUGUUUGAUUGAAAGGCUUUUGUUCUAAACAGUGUAAUCUUUCUAUUAAAACACCAUUACAGCUUUUGCUUAAAUUUGCCUUCAGGUUAGAGGAUCAGUGCAUGUUUCAGUAAUGUCACAAGACAUGACAUCCAAUAUUUUAGACUGAAGCAUUAUUAAAAGCUUUUGAAAAUC